UCGAUAAAUCAGAUCCUAACCAUCUAUCGCCUGAUUCUUCAUCUAUUGAACCUUGUUCGAGAAACUCUUCUGCUGUAGUUGGUUCAGAUCGUGAUGAUGGUUCGGAAUCGUUGUUACGUAAUGAUGCUAAUGCUCUUUUUCCUAACUUUGGUUCUAUAAUUGAAAGAUGUUAGGACAUUGACAUUCGAAUCAUAAGUUAUUGAAGCGGUUAUACGUACUUUUCAUGAUGUAAUUGGCGGUAUACUAGAGAUGAGAAGAGAUGUCUUAGGUAAUUUAAAGUAUACAGGAAAAUUGCUGCUUUAACCAAUUUGAUCAAUAUACGCGUACACUCUAAUAUUUUUUAUUUACAAUUUUAAACAUCAAGGGUUUCAACAUUAGAUUCAAUCAUACUUACCAAUGCAAGGAAGGAGGGUCAUACCAGAAUCACCUAGGAAUGGUGGGUUUUCAUUCUAUCCAUCAUCGUCAAAAAGAUCGAAUCAAACAGAUACCAUAUUACCCCCACCAGCUCCCAAGAGACGACAACCUACUGGAGCUGAACUUCUAUUUCAUCAAUUACCAGAUACUCAAGCUCAAGAAACCCAAACUAUUGUCAAUGCUGAAUCUACUCGAGUAGAAGUAUCUCAAACUUUAACCAAUUCCACCAUGGUGAAUUCUGAGUCGAUUGAAUCACCAGUUAUCAUAAGUAGUCAAUAUGAUCAACGACAACCACCAUCAGCAGUCCAAGAUAAUCAUGAUGAUGGACCUUUAUUUCAUAAUGGGAAUGGAUCAUCCCAUCGAAGUCGAAGUGAAAUUGAUCGUGAUGAUUUAUUAUGUCAAAAAGUAUCGAUGAAGGCAUUACUCGAUAAUGAUUUUUUAACUAAUGGAUAUAAUAAAGAGAAAUAUUAUGAAGUUGAUGUAUUUAUAAAAGGGAUGAUGCCUAUCCAACCAUUUAUUAUCAAACCAUAUCAACGAACAGUCAAAUUAGCCCCGUUUAAGUUAGUCUUGGAAGAUGUCAGAUCAGAUCGGACGAUGUUUGUUGAAUUCAAUCAACAAUCUGAUAUAUUACGAUUUUUAAAUCUUAAUGAGACCGAAGAGAUAUUUCAUAAGAUGGAUGAGAUAAAUAAGCACAUUUGUCGUAUCUUACAUAAAUAUGAUGAUGGGAAAGGUGAGGUUCGAUCGAUUAAAUUAAUUAAAGCCAUGCAUAAGUUUAAUAAUAAUGGAUUUAUAUAUCCUUAUUGGACGAGCGCUACCACCAUUGAUGAUUUAUUUCCCGAAUAAAGUUAUAACUAGAAAGGAACUUUUUUAAAUAUAUGUAUAGUAAGUUGUUAAAAGUGGGAUGCUAUAUGUAUAUAUGUAUAAAAGAAUAAAUCAUACUUCACUCAACUAAAUAU